GAGAACAACCGGGGUUCACCCUGCUGGAGGUGGGGUGGGGGGUGGAGGUGGCGGGGGCCCUGCGUACAAGGGGGAAGGGUCAUUUUGUGAGUCUCACUACUACUUCCGGGAGACGCCUCGGAAAGGAGGACGUGCUAAGGGGCGGGGGGCCGAGGGGAGAGGCACUUACCUCUUAUCCGAUUGGUUAGUUGCUUGCUGGUUGAGCUUUUCUAGUUGCUGAUUGGCCCCAAAGCCAAAUCCAGGUCGCAGGGGAAGCGUUACUUGAGGCUAGAUUGAGGUGAGAUUGGUCGGGUUCCUGAGGCCAGUUUGUGUGUUGGAGUAGGGAUUUCAUCUUAACCCCAGUCCCGGGCCUCGAUUAACAGGAUGAGCAGCUCUCAAAAAAGGCACAAACAUCAGAAGCAUGGAUACAGUCUCGUCUGUUAGAGUAAUAUUCAAAGGAAAAUAAGGAAACUAGAAGUCUCAGGAUGAAUCCAGCUAGAUGGAGAUCAGGUGGUAGUGGAGAAGAGAUCUCAUUUCAAGAAAAUGAGAGAAGAUGGCAGCAAGAGCGUCUCCACAGAGAAGAAGCCUAUUAUCAGUUUAUUAAUGAGCUCAAUGACGAAGAUUAUCGGCUAAUGAGAGACCAUAAUCUUUUAGGCACCCCUGGAGAAAUAACAUCAGAGGAGCUGCAGCAGCGUUUAGAUAGAGCAAAGGAACAGCUGGCAUCUCAGCCUGGCUCCGACAGUGGGAUGAGUGAUGGAGACUCAGAAAACCUUAGAGAAAAUUCAGAUGAGGAUUCUCUGCUGCGAUGGCUGAACACCUUUCGGCGCACUGGGAAUGUGACUCGAAGUGGACAGAAUGGGAACCAAAGCUGGAGGGCUGUGAGUCGAACAAACCCCAACAGUGGCGAGUUCGGGUUUAGCCUGGAAAUCCACAUAAAUCCUGACAACAGAGGUUCUGAAACGCAUGGAGAGGACUCCAUGGACAUUCCUCUGUCAGGUGUUAGCAGAGAGCAUGUGCAGCAAAGACCAUCGAGUCCUGUGGCUAGGCGAACCAGAAGCCAGACCUCCAUGAGCUCCACUGGUAGUGUCUCCAGUGUUCCCAGGGGUAGGCGAGGUGCGAGGAGGCAAGGUUCUGUGCAAGGAUCAUUCACAGCCCUGGGAAGGUUAAGGAAUGGAAUUGGAGCAGCACUUGGAGUUCCCAGAGUUAGUGCUCCUCAUCCUAAUGUUAUUAACACCCACACAAGCCAGUCAGAUGGUAGUACUCUCAGGCAAAACGGACGACAGCGGUUUGGAGCAGCACAUAUCUGGGAAAACGGGGAUAGAAGUAAUGUUACAGUGAGGAACACAAACCAAAGAUUAGAGCCAAUAAGAUUACGUCCUGCUUUCAGUAGUCGAAGCCGGUCCCCCAUUCAGAGACAGAAUGGUACUGUUCAUCAUAAUUCCCAAAGGCAGGGUAGACCGCGACAGCAAACGGGUAGAAACAGGUCUGUUAGGCACAGAGGUGUAACUCGAGUCUUCUUAGAACGAGGUAGAGAACGCAGAGGUACCAAUUAUACCCCGCUGUCCAACUCAAGACUUGUGUCAAGAAUAACAGUAGAAGAAGGAGAAUCCAGCAGGUCCUCAGCUGCUGCACAGCGCCAUCCAGCGAUCACACUAGACCUGCAAGUCAGAAGGAUUCGUCCUGGAGAAACUAGAGAUAGAGAUAGCAUUGCAAAUAGAACCCGAUCUAGGGCAGGACUGGCAGAAAGUACAGUUGAGAGCAACAGUGGGGGCUUCCACAGAACUAUUUCUCAUUUAGAACGGUCAGGUGUCCGAACCUAUGUGAGUACCAUUACAGUUCCUCUUCGUAGGAUUUCUGAGAAUGAGAUGGUUGAGCCAUCCUCUGUGGCUCUUCGGUCAAUUUUAAGGCAGAUCAUGACUGGGUUUGGCGAGCUGAGUUCUCUAAUGGAGGUGGAGCCUGCAUCAGAGAAUCAAAGCAAUGGUCAGCAUUUACCAGAGGUGUACCUAGAACUUAGUAAUGGAGUUGCAGCUGAUGCCAGUGGUCAGCAUGGAGGAGCUUCCUCACAGGCCAGUCAGGCCCAGGAAGACAGGGCUGAAAUGCUAGAUGUGAACGAGCCCACCCCGCCACAGGCUCGCACCAGUGGCAAUAGAAAUAGAAGGCAGUUACGAAGGGCAGACAAUGUAGUCGAGGCAGGAGCAUUACCCAUUCUGCGCCUUGCUCAUUUCUUCUUACUGAAUGAAGGUGAUGAUGAUUCAAUUCGUGGUUUAACCAAAGAGCAGAUUGACAAUCUUUCUACCAGGAGUUAUGAGCAAAGCGGAGUUGACAGUGAGUUAGGUAAAGUGUGUAGCGUGUGCAUCAGUGACUAUGUGGUGGGGAAUAAGCUCCGGCAGCUGCCUUGUCUGCACGAGUUUCACAUUCACUGUAUUGAUCGCUGGCUGUCAGAGAACUGUACUUGCCCCGUCUGUCGGCGGCCUGUCUUAGAACUCGGGGCCACAAACAGUGGGUGAGAAAUGGGGUGCUCAGUGCUGUGUGUUCCCGGAGCCUCAUAGUCAAAUGCUUUCCCUGAGUUACUUGUGAUGAGGUAACCAAGACAAACCUAUCAGAUUAUAGUUAGCACUAUUUUUUGUGUGCUUUUUUAAAAAACUUGUUACAAAGAGUUUGUUUAUAUAAAAAAAUUUAAAAUGCAGAUGUUAAAUUAUCCAAAAGUAAAGAAUAGUUAAUAUUGCUAGAACCAAAUAACCUUUAAAAUGUUUUUAUUUUGGUAAUUUUGUCAUGCUAAGCACUUUUGUAUCUGCACAACUCAGUACGUUAGGGAUCUUGUCUUUCUCCUAAUACUGCAGUAGGUUUGCUGGGGUUCUCAGUCUCAGCUCAGUGCUUUGUUUAGACACUACUGUCUGAGUCUUUGUAGACUGUUAGGCUGAAUGUCUGCUAGAUAGACUUAAGUUACUUGAAAUGAUAAUUUAACACGUGGCACACUGUAUGUGUGUAUGCAAGUAUGUAACUGUGGGAACAUAUCCAGGCUAAAAACUAUAAGACUGAGACUUAAGCUUUGGGGCUUAGACUGCAUAUGGCACUGUGUUAACAGUGACAAGAUCAUCUCUAAGAGGAAGUGAAUUAAGAUACAGUUUUAAGAUAGAGAUUGUUUACUGAAGCGUGUCUGACAAUCUGAUUUACUAGAGAGUGAGUGCACUAGUAAUGAGUUCACUAAUGAGUAGUGAGUUCACUAAUAAUGAACCUAGUAUUUCUUUAUUCAUGGAAUGUGGAAAUUUUAUGACAGAUAGUUUAAGUUUGUCCUUUCUGUGAUUUUUUUUUUUUAGAAGUAUAAAUACUUCUUGGGGUUAAAUAGGGUUUACAGCAUGCUUGAUUUCUCAAAUUUAGCUUUAAAAUCUAAAAUGCUUUAAAGUCUAUAAAGUAGUGAAAUGCAUAGAAAAUAUGUAAAUUUGGAUGCCAAAAAGCUCCAAAUAAGAGAAAAGCCUUUAAAAAAACAUAGAGUUUAUAUACACACAAAGUAUGCAUUAAAGUCUAUUUCUACCAAUAAACAUUAAAGACUGUGUGCGAGCUCA